GGGCAGCUGGAGCCACCAUGGAACGGCAGCACGCCCGGACACUGUGGUACGACAGACCCAAAUAUGUUUUCAUGGAGUUUUGUGUUGAGGACAGCACCGACGUGAGUGUGCUCAUUGAGGAUCACCGCAUUGUGUUCAGCUGCAGGAAUGGUGAUGGAGUGGAACUGUGCAACGAGAUUGAGUUCUAUGCCAAGGUGAACUCCAAGGAUUCCCAGGAUAAGCGCUCUGGUCGCUCUAUUACUUGCUUUGUGAGGAAAUGGAAGGAGAAGGUGGCCUGGCCACGGCUCACCAAGGAGGAUAUCAAGCCCGUGUGGCUCUCUGUGGACUUUGAUAACUGGAGAGACUGGGAAGGAGAUGACGAAGUGGAACUGGCUCAGGUGGAGCAUUAUGCCGAGCUUUUGAACAAGGUCAGCACUAAGAGACCUCCCCCUGCCAUGGAUGAUCUGGAUUUCACCACCACCGUGGUCUCCUGCAGCCCCGCCGAGCUGCACACGGACGCGAGCGGCGGCAAGAAAGAAGUACUGAGCGGUUUCCAUGUGGUUCUGGAAGACACGCUGCUUUUCCCCGAGGGCGGGGGCCAGCCUGAUGACCGUGGUACCAUCAAUGACAUCUCUGUGCUGAGAGUGACCCGUCGUGGGGCCCAGGCUGAUCAUUUCACACAGACACCUCUGUCCCCUGGGAGCCAGGUCCAGGUCCGGGUGGACUGGGAGAGGAGAUUUGAUCACAUGCAGCAACAUUCAGGGCAACAUCUCAUCACCGCAGUAGCUGACCAUCUCUUCGGGCUGAAGACAACAUCAUGGGAGUUAGGGAGACUCCGGAGUGUGAUUGAGUUGGACAGCCCUUCUGUGACUGCAGAGCAGGUAGCAGCCAUUGAACAAAGCGUCAAUCAGAAAAUCAGAGACCGACUACCUGUGAGCGUUCAAGAGCUGAGCCUGGAUGACCCUGAGGUGGAGCAGGUGAGGGGCCGGGGUCUGCCAGAUGAUCAUGCUGGGCCCAUUAGAGUUGUUACCAUUGAGGGUGUUGAUUCUAACAUGUGCUGCGGGACCCACGUGAGCAAUCUCAGCGACCUUCAGGUCAUUAAGAUUCUGGGCACUGAGAAAGGGAAAAAGAACAAAAGCAACCUGAUUUUUCUGGCUGGGAACCGGGUACUGAAGUGGAUGGAACGAAGUCAUGGGAGUGAAAAAGCCCUGACCACACUGCUUAAGUGUGGCGUGGAGGAUCACGUGGAAGCGGUGAAAAAGCUCCAGAACGCCACCAAGCUCCUGCAGAAGAACAACCUGAGUCUCCUCAGAGACCUGGCUGUGCACACAGCCCACAGCCUCAGGAGCAGCCCAGACUGGGGAGGUGUGGUUACCCUCCACAGGAAAGAGGGCGAUUCAGAGUUCAUGAAUAUCAUCGCCAAUGAGAUUGGGUCAGAGGAGACCCUCCUGUUCUUAACUGUGGGGGAAGAGAAAGGUGCUGGGCUCUUCUUACUGACGGGGCCAGCAGAGGCCGUGGAGACCCUGGGGCCCAGGGUGGCUGAAGUCUUAGAAGGCAAAGGAGCAGGGAAGAAAGGCCGCUUCCAGGGCAAGGCCACCAGGAUGAGCCGACGGGCAGAGGUGCAGGCACUUCUGCAGGACUAUAUCGGCACACAGAGUGCUGAGGAGUGAGGGCCAGGAUGCGCGUCCCUGUGCCCACAGCAGUCUCGGACAGUAAAUUGGCGUGACUCAAAAUGUUUGUGUGCCGUCUCUUAUGGUCACAUGCAUAACUUGCACAGUGCAUUCCAGUGUGCUUAUGUGAUUAACCCCUGUGUGACCAGUUCCAACUUGGCUCCUUCUAGGUGUGGGUAACCUCUGUGAGUAGACAUUAAAUUAGUGAAAUGGACUGAUUGAAGCUGAAAGCUUCUUGCUUAUGG